AUGACGGCCUUGUCGCUUGUGCUCCCCACUCUUGAUCAGACUGCAGUGAGGUUUGGGUGUAUGCACUCAUGCAGUGUAGAUGACGUGGAGGCGGCCGUGCAAAACGCCCAUACCUGCCGGAUGUUUCUCUUGGCGAUGGAAGUGCUUCUACAGAAGCAAUGGAGGCACUAUCAGAGCCAUGACAGCGGUAUGUUUGCCACGCCACAGCGGAUGAAGGAGGGGGAGCUUUUUCAGUAUUUUCCGUUUCCGUGCGUGUCUAUGAGAGGGCGUGGCAGCUGUUUCCAGAAGCAGCGUCGGACGUUGAGUGGAAGCAGUGCGGCAGGCAAGUUACGUGACUUUAUUUACCGUCUUAUUUGCUACGCGCGCUGUAGCAUCGAGUGCUACCCGAUUACGCUUGCACUUGUUGAUCGCUUUUAUGUGUCCCUGAGGAAGGAGUCCGUGGCGACCGAAUACGAGGCAGCGGUGGAUCACUUGCCGUAUGUAUUUGCUGUGCUGUUGUUAAUCACAGCGAAGUACCGCGACGACAAGUUCCGGAGCAAUCGUUACUUCAGUCAGCUAGCGGGGCUAUCCUUGGUGGAGUGGAACGCGCUGGAGCGGCUCGCCAUUCGUGUGUUGAAAUUCAGCGUCAAUGUUUCUUUCUUUGAGUACAUUGCGUACGAAAAGCUGCUCCUUGCAGAGAUGACGCGACAGGAAGGCAGAGUAAACGCCCUCACUUCACUUGACCGGGACCCUCGUUCAGAGGAGGUGAUCAGUUUACUGCGGCUUGACAACAAAAGUGAUGUUUUCAUGGCGUGCGCCGAUCAGGCGGCAGCAACCAACAGGGAGAACCCUAGUGCCAAUUCUUGCGGUCUCACUGCAACGACACCAUCAUUGCGUUCUCAGGGCCCUCUUGCGUCUGCCUUGAGUUCACCGGUGUGUUGA